CCAUUCUUCAGAAAGCAGAGCAACAGAAAAAAAAAAAACUUGGCUAGUUUUUCUCCCUAAGGUUUUUUUCUGCAAACAUGUCUGAAGUUGCCUUGUCAUCUCAAGAAGAGAGUACUCCAAGUAGGAAGAAGAUUGGUUUAUCUUCUCUUCUUCUCUCUGAUUUUCAUCUCUUUUGCUCAUUUAUCUUCUCUCACCCUUUCUAUUUUUCUUACUUGCUCUUCUUCUCACCUUACAUCUUCAAGAUUCUCUCUUUUCUUUCACCACUCUUUGUCACCACCACACUCUUGAUUCUCGCUUUACUCAGUACUUUGCAUGUUCACGAGACUUGUCUUGACUCUGAAUCACUAGAAACACAACCAAGCUUCCUUUUCUCCUUUUGUAGUAAGCUUGGUAGUGUCUUGGAACACAAGUUUGAUAUCAACGAUGAGGGUUUUAAGUCAUUGGAAGACCUGGAAGCGUAUAAGAUGGUCGUUGAGGCGUGUUCGAUACAAUGUGCGUCCGAUAAUGAGAUAUGUUCCGAUGAAUUGACGUUUGUUGACAAAUUCUGUAGCCAUGAGAGCACGGUGUCGGAAGCUUUGACCGAUGAGACCCGUGAGGAGCAAGUUGAGAUCCAACCGUUGAAGCUUGAGGAUGUGAUUGUUUUGGAGAAAGAAGAAGAAACCAAGAAAUGUGAAAAGGAAGAAGAAGAGGAACAAAAAGUCAAGCCAGAAAGUGACGUUGUCCUCGAUAAUGAAGAAGAGCCGACAAAAGAAGAAUCCAAAGCUCAAAAAGUUGACCUUGUCGGAGAUUUUAAUAAUGAAAGUUAUGAUCUCCCAAAACUGAGCAAGUUUCUCGGAGAAGGUAAAAGAAAUGAAGCAACUAAGAAGGAAGAAGAAGAUAAUGUUUCUCUCCAAAGCUUUGGAUCAAUGAGAAAAGAGAAAGAAUGGAGGAGGACAUUAGCUUGCAAGCUAUUCGAAGAAAGACACAAUGCUGACGUUGGACAAGGCAUGGAUCAGCUGUGGGAGACAUACGAGACACAAACAGAGAAGAAGCAUCAAACUGAAGAAGAGAAGAAGAAGCUCAAGAAGAAGACAAAGUCGAUGUUGAAGACAAAGAGUAUAGAGAAGGAAGUAAUAGUGGAGGAGGAAGAUCAUGAUGAUGGGAUUGAUCAUCAACAACUUUGUUGUUUACAGGCUUUGAAGUUCUCAACAGGGAAGAUGCAUUUGGGAAUUGCGAGGCCGAACCUUCUAAAGCUAUCUAAGGCUUUCAAAGGCAUUGGAAGGUUUUACAAUGCUAACAAACAUUCCAAGAAAGCUUGAAAAGGAGAUGAAUAAUAAACUUUGUAUUAAUUUCGAUCUAUAAAAAUAUAUAAGUGACUAGAGAUAGUUAUGCUUUUGUAA